AUGGCCGAAAAACCAAAGAAAAAGAACAAGAAAGACACCAAACAAGGAGCUGUAGUUAAAACAGAUUCCAUAAGUUCUGCCGACGAUCACAGAGAGGUCAUGACAGAUACAUUUUUCCUCAACAGAAAGAACGUAAUGUUAUUUCCUUACAAUGUGCAUGCAGAACACAAUGAUGGGUCGCCGCAAAUUGAAAAGCACAAUAGCAGCGUUCUUUCAAAGCCGUUAGAAGAGAAUGAGUAUCUUGAAGAUCCAACUGAAAACGAUUUGAUGGGAGAAAUCUCAGAAUCAUCAUCUAUUCCUGACACCUUUGAACACCAAUUCAAUAAUGUCGUUACCAACAACACUACGAACUCGUCUUAUCAAGAAUAUAACUCAUACUUCCCAGGAGACUCCUCUUUCUCUCAUCCAGGUGAAGUGAUUGCGAGUGACGAAGAAGCUGGACUCGACACGGAGAAUGACAUUUCUUCAGAAGUAGAUGAUUUUACAUUCCAAUCCAGUGUUGGAUCAACACCACUGAUGGCCAACGUUCCAACCAUUUUCAACAACAUUGGAGAAAAUCGUCAUACUGUUGGUACCUCCCAAGUAUGGGAAGAAUUGGAUGGAGGCGAGGAUUUGACUUCUGUUGGCGAUAUGGCUUAA